CAGUCGCGUGAAAAGCCGCUGCACAGCUUCUUUUUUUAUAAAAAUAUUAUUGUAUUAUUUUAUUUUUAAUCAUAAACGCUUCUAAAGGACACGACAGCCAUCUUACAGAGUGUAAAAACAGUGUACAGUUGGGGAAGUAGCAGAUUUUUGAAAAUGUCUUCUGGUGCCGGCGACACCGUCUCCCGUUUAAAUCAGUUCAAAAAUAAAGGAAAGGAUGCACACGAGUUGAGGAGAAGGAGGACGGAAGUCAGUUUGGAGCUCCGAAAAGCGAAGAAAGAUGAGCAGAUUUUGAAAAAGCGAAAUGUGAGCUGUUUGCCGGAUUCAGAGGAUCAGGAUCCCAACCACAACUCACAGACAUACCAUCAGUGGAAGCUAGAGGAUAUCGUAAGUGGAGUACACAGUCAGUGUCUGGAUCAUCAGUUGCAGGCCACACAGGCAGCGAGGAAGUUGCUAUCGAGAGAAAAAUACCCUCCCAUCGACCAGAUCGUGGAGGCAGGGCUGAUCAGUGCCCUAGUGAGCUUCCUGUCGCUCUCGGAAUGUCCUCCCAUUCAGUUUGAAGCUGCCUGGGCUCUCACCAACAUCGCUUCAGGCACCUCAGACCAAACAGCGGCAGUGGUGAAGGCGGGAGCCAUUCCUGCCUUUAUCCACCUCAUCUCCUCUCCUCAUCCUCACGUCAGCGAGCAAGCUAUCUGGGCUCUCGGCAAUAUCGCUGGCGAUGGUCCGAAAUUCAGGGACAGCGUCAUUGAGCAUGGAGCGAUCGAGCUGCUGCUCUCACUGCUGUCUGUUCCUGACCUGUCUAUGUUUACUACAAGCUACCUGAGGAACAUGGCAUGGACUCUGUCUAAUAUGUGCCGAAAUAAAAAUCCACCUCCUCCGGUGACUGCAGUGCAGAAGAUGCUCCCCGCACUGCAGUGCUUCCUUGAACACAACGAUUCACAUGUGCUGGCAGACACAUGCUGGGCCGUGUCCUACCUCACCGAUGGGCCGAAUGAGCGCAUUGAGUUUGUGCUGCAGGCUGGCCUUGUGCCUCAUCUUGUUCGGCUGCUGGCCCACUCAGACAUCAACAUCAUGACACCAUCAUUGCGUGCGCUGGGAAACAUUGUGACAGGAACAGACGAGCAGACUCAGAAGGUUCUGAACUCCGGGGCGCUGGCUCUGUUUCCCGUUCUGCUGCGCCACCCAAACAAAAACAUCCAAAAGGAGGCGACAUGGACGCUGUCCAACAUCACAGCAGGGAAAGAAUCGCAGAUCCAGGAGGUGGUUGACGCGGGUCUGGUGCCUGUGCUGAUGGAGGUCCUGCAGCAUGGAGACUGUAAAACACAGAAUGAGGCUGCUUAUGCAAUUACCAACUACACCAGCGGGGGGACAUUGCAGCAGGUCUCAUAUCUGGUUCAGUGUGGAGUGCUCAAACCUCUUAUGAACGUUCUGUCAGUCAAGGACAGCAAGACCAUCUUAGUCGCCCUGGAUGCCAUCUUGAACAUUUUCAUGGCUGCAGAUAAGAUGGGCGAGACGGAGAAGCUGUGUCUGAUGAUCGAGGAAUGUGGAGGGCUGGACAAAAUCGAGGCCCUACAGGCCCACGAAAAUGAAAUGGUCUACAAAGCUGCACUAAAACUCAUAGACAAAUACUUCUCAGGGGAAGACGAAGAGGAUGAAUCAAUCGUUCCUGAUUCAACCACCGAUGGCUUUAACUUCCAGAUCCCUGAUAACCAAAGCACUUUCAAUUUUUGAACCCUACCUCCAACACGCACUACUCCAUUCUAAAUUACUUUUAAUAUAUACAGUAUAUAAACGGAUGUAUGUAUAUACACUUCCUGGCCAAAAAACUCACCAUUUCAGAAGGGUCAAAUUAUUGGGCAGCAUUAAGCAAAGAAAGCAACAUGGGGACAUUUGAAAUGACUGCAAAUAGGUUAAGAACACAUUAUGAAAACCUGCAAGGAUAUUGCUGAACCAUUGGGUAUGUGGAAAAAAAAACAAUUGGUGAAGUUGCAUGGUAAAAGAAAUAAUAAAAAAUCAACAGUAAAAACCAUAGCUAUAUUAAAUAGACAGCUGUGUGGCCAUAAAAAACAACUUGUCAGUAAGGCUAAUCAGAACAAAAAGCUUAACCCUGCUAGCAAGCAUAAAGAUUGAGCUUUGGAGCUAUAUUAAAAAGUUCAUAUCGUCUGAUGAGAUCAGAUUAACCCUAUUCCAAAGCUAUAGGUGCAUCAGAGUAAGAAGGGAAACUCAUGAAGUAAUGCAUAGGGCACAUUGUACAAUCCCCUGGAGGCAUCUGAAGUUGCUUCAUUUGGUCAGGUCUAGGCUCAGCAACAUUAUGUGGCAAUAAAAUCAGCCGAUAAUCUGAAAGUAAUAAAUGACCAGGUUAUCAUGUCUGUGGAGAUUUUCUUCCUUGAUGGCACAGGUAUAUUCCAGGACUCAAAAACUCAAAUUGUGUGGGAGUGGUUCUGGGAGCACGAGGAAUCAUUUUCACAAAUGAACUGGCCAUGGCCAUUACAUUGUGAGCUGUAAUAAAAACCUUUAGUUUACAUUUUUUGGCCAGGCAGUGUGCAUGUGUGUGUGUGUGUGUGUGAUACAUAUCACAUCCUUGCACUUAUAAGCCAUAUUAUAUACACAGCAAGCUAUAAAGCACCGAGUGUUGUGAUACAUUUCUUUUAAAGCUGCAUUACCUUCUUUCGGCCGUUUCUGUGGAAUUGCACCAAACAGGCUGGCCUUUGGUCCUCGCAGGCAUAAAUGGCCUUGUCACCAGUUUACUGGCCUAUUGUUAAUCAGUGUUAAGGUUUUCUGGUGUUAAUGUUAUAACUGAUUGGAUUUUUAUACUUUUUUAUAUAAAGACCCUUUUUACUUUUACACUAAGCCAUGUAAAUUAUUUUUUAGCAUGUAAGGUAUUUUGUAUUUUACUGAUGUUUGGGUAAUGAGUUGGUAAUACAAAUGUACAGUAAUACAUUUGUCUGCAUCAGGUUUUCUAGUAAGCCCAAGUGCCUUAUUUACUUACUAUUGUUCCUUUACCUUGAAUAUAAUAAAUCUAUUUCUCCUAAAAAAUUAA